AUGGAUUCUUCUUAUAAUCUCACGAAGGAUGAUAUUCAUAAGUGUAAUGGCUUGUUAAAGGAUUUCUUUCCCAAGUUCUUGGAACUUGCAAUCAAUGAAUUGAAAACCUAUGGACUAUCUCAGAACGUUCUUCUGUAUUAUUCAUAUGCAGUUCAAUACAACCUACAAGGAGGGAAGAUGUUGAGAGGAACAAUGGUAUUGUCGACAGUCAAAUCACUUUGCGGAACCAACAUUCCAGAGAAUCUUAUGACUCAAACACUAAUAGUCGGUAUGUAUAAUAGUAAUCAUCUCAAACAAUUCAUUGUAGCCUGGUGUGUUGAGUUGUUGCAAACGUCCUUUCUUGUUGCAGAUGAUAUAAUUGACAAAAGUACCAAAAGACGCUCUAAUACAUGCUGGUAUCUAGUUCCAACAAUAGGAGUUUCGAACGCCAUAAACGAUGUAAUGUUCCUUUAUACCUUAAUCUACAGAAUACUAUUUAACACAAUGAAGGAUAGUAAAAAGUUUCUGGAAAUAAUCGAAACAUUCAAUAGAGUUUCAAUGACCACAAUACUGGGCCAACACCUCGAUAUCUACGAGUCAAACAGUGAUGUAUUAUUUCAUGAUUCUAAAGAAGCAACGAAGUUAUUUGCUGAGAUUUGUAAAAAUAAAACGUCCUAUUAUUCAUUCUUUCUGCCACUUAAAUUAGGCAUGAUGUUAAGCGGUGUAGAACUGUCGAACCUAUUUUAUUCUAAAGUUGAGUCGAUAUCAAUUCUUAUAGGGACACUAUUUCAAGCGCAAGACGAUUAUCUAGAUUGUUAUGGAGAUCCAGAUAAUUUUGGUAAAAACGGAACCGACAUUCAGACGAGAAAAUGUUCUUGGCUCCUUUCACAAGCACUAACUAUAGCUUCAGAGGAACAAAAGAACCUAAUAAAGGAAAAUAUAGGUCAUGAUGACAAUUCAAAGGUGGAUGUGGUCAAGAGUAUUUAUAGAGAGUUGGAGAUGGAUAAACACUUUUUAAAUUAUACGUUAUACGCUGAAAAUAAGAUUAACAGGUAUUUUCUAGUGAAUAAAUUACAAUUUAGUGAAAUUGAUAAGGUAGAGAACCAAGGUAAGGUAGUAGGAAUAAAAACGGUUUUAAAGUGGUGUCUGGAACUUAUUACAAAUAGGUCAAAGUGA